AUGGCGGAGGGAGCAACGCUGUUCCCCGUCCUCAAAGCGCCCCAGCUGCACGAAGGGACUGGGCUAAGGGGCACAGAGAGACCUUCACCCACCGUGGAUCAGGGAGGCACCCGAGCUGCGCGGGAGCCGAGGCCGUGUCCUGACAGCAGACGAGGGGCGUCAGGCCCACCAGAGGCAGUGAACUUGCCUUGGGUAGGUGGCCAAAGGGGCUCUCGAGGACAGGAGGGGCCUGGAAGCCGAUGGCGCCACUCCCGCCGAACCCGGCCCAAGCCCAGCUCCCAACCGGAGCCUCGCCUGGCAAUGCCGUGUGAAUCCCGCUCUGCCCCAGGUGCCCAUAGCUCUGGCUCUGACAAUGAGGUCUGAUAUUUCCAAAAUUUGCGUUCCUUGGAAACAGGAAGUUCAUAUAGCCCUCAUAGCCAAUCAAGAGAGAAAGAUGAGGGCCCCAUAAAGGGAUUCCCAAAGACAACGGAAUGGUUUGGAGGAGAUUCUGUUUUCCAGGCUUCCCGGGACAGCAGACGCUUCUGGUCCCUUGAUUCGGCUUGCCUGCUCUCCAUUGAACUGUACACAGCCGAGGGGCCUCCACUUCCUUUGCUAUUUUAUGGGGUAGAUUGAUAGGAAGGUUUCCAAGUCUAAGGCUUAGAAUAAGAGGCAUUAGGAAAUGCCAUUUUGCAGUCCUCCAAAUGGCAACUUUAAGAGGUACAGGACAAGGCAGUGUGCAGGACGAAAUAGGCCUAUGGCCUGCUGCAAAUUUCACAGGCUGGAAGUGUCAAUGGGGACUUUCCCCCUUGGGAGGCUUCUUGGUACCAAUUAUGCUCAAGACCGCAAUACCUCAAGGACCACCUAUUCUCAUAGGAAGCGGCCCAGAUCCUGUGAUCAUCAUCAGAGACCCUUCUUUGUGUGCCUCCUCUGCAAUAGGUCCAUAUGUGGCCUUUUCUGUGGUGACUCCUCGCUUGUGAAAUGCUCUAUACACACACACACACACACACACACCCCUCUUGAGUAUAAUUUAUUUGGAUACAACCCAUGGCCUCAAAUUAUUUCUGCUCUAAGGGUAUUCCAUCACUCUACAGUGGUACCUCAGGUUAAGUACUUAAUUCGUUCUGGAGGUCCGUUCUUAACCUAAAACUGUUCUUAACCUGAAGCACCACUUUAGCUAAUGGGGCCUCCUGCUGCCGCUGCGGCACCAGAGCAUGAUUUCUGUUCUCAUCCUGAAGCAAAGUUCUUAACCUGAGGUAAUAUUUCUGGGUUAGCGGAGUCUGUAACCUGAAGCAUCUGUAACCUGAAGCGUAUGUAACCCAAGGUACCACUGUAAUUCAUUUGCCUCCCAGACUUCGGCUACUGUCCUAGCCAAGGGUCCACAUAACCAGACACUUUGAGAGUCAGGAUGCAGAACGUGAUGAAUAACAAGCUUGUCCCAGCGCAAUAGUUCUUCCGUGCACAGUAGCUGGUGUCUCUGAGCAGGUGUAGGCACCGUAGGCCUUGUGCCUUGGCAUCAUGCCAGGGUCAGUUGCUAACUAUUUACAUUCCUGGCCUAUUCUGGGAGCUGAGUUGCCAGCAAACUUAGUGUGCUGUGGACUUCGGCCCUGGCCCUGCAGUUGCAUCAUGUUGCACCAGUGUUUUUUCCCAGACAGCCAUGUUUGCACGUUGCCUCUUUCUCUAGCCAAACCAACUAUCCCAAGAACUUUAAUCCCAUUGUGCCCCUCUACCCUACAGCCAGAUACUUGAAUGUCAGCAGAACUGCUCCCCGCCAAGGCCAGUUGUGGAAGCUGUGCAACUGGUGGACUCAGUGUCUCAGGUCUUGGGUUCAAAUUCCUACACGACAGAAGCAGCAAGGAAGGGGAACAGGAACAGGAGGGGGGAAAGCAGACCCGGGCACUGCUUCCAAACAACGGCUGAGGGGGAGCGGGAUGUCUCCGCCCCGCUCCCAGUCCCACCACUCUGCGCUCCCUGAGAGUGUUGCCUGCCUAAUCUGUCAAGAUGACCAACAGCAAGGGGAAGAGGAAGGGGACACGUUACAUGUUCUCAAGACAAUUUCGCAAACAUGGUGUUGUCCCUCUUGCCACCUACAUGUGCAUCUAUAAAGGUGGUUUUGUUGACAUAAAGGGCAUGGGCGCAAUUCAGAAAGGCAUGCCCCACAAAUGUUACUAUGGCAAGACUGGAAGGAUCUACAACAUUACCCAGCAUGCUGUGGGCAUUAUUGUGAAAAGAAGGUUAAGGGCAAGAUUCUUGCCCAGAGAAUUAAUGUGCAAAUUGAGUAUAUCAAGCACUCUAAGAGCAGAAACAGCUUCUUGCAGUGGGUGAAAGACUAUGAAAGAAAGGGGGGGAAAGGAAAAGAAAAGGGAAUUUGGUUUGAACUAAAACACCAGCCUGCUCCUCCAAGAGAAGCCCACUUUCUGAGAAAAAAUGGCAAGGAGCCAGAGCUGCUGGAACUCAUUUCAUAUGAGUUUAUGACAUACUUGUAUAUGAACAAAAUGAAAUCUCAUGUUGACUACCUAAAAAACAAAACAAAAACAGAAGCAGCAAGAAGGCAGAAGUAGUUACCUGGUAAAAGGGAGGGGAUACCUUGUUUUGGUGGCUGGUUCUGCUCUGAUCAAUAGCAUACAGUGAGGCUGAACGUUAUACCCAAGUGUGUAUAAUAGUCUCUGUGUUAAAAAAAGUUGCACAAAGGAAAGCCGAAUUUGCAUCCACAUUAAUUUAUUGUUCUUCUAGUUAUCUCUCAGAAGGGCAAUGGGAAAGCGCUGAAGCCCCCCGGAAAUCCCCUCUUAUCCAGCUUCUGUAAUUUCAUCAGGAUUUCCUAUAUCUUCACAGCAAUUGUCUUUCUCGGUCAUUCCAUGUCAAAUGAUCUGACUUUUUUUACCUCAUGUCAUCCAAUUUUCUUAAUAUUUUGUACUCUUGUUGAAUGAGGAAAACUAAGUUUAAAUCUAGAAUUUUAGCAUUUUAUCUCAUCCCAUUUCUUCGUUAUGAGGGCUUGAAAUUUCAAAAAAGUGUCAAUUUUGGAGCGCCAUUGAGGCUCCCAGGCUGUGUGUAAGUGUGUGCAAAUGUGCAUGGGGUGGUGGUGUGGGGUGCCAAAUUGGGCCCUUGACCCGGGUGAAAUAAAGCCUAAUUUAGCCCCUGCUAUUAGCCCCAUCUCAAUCUGCUUCAAGUUUUUGAAUAUCUUCUUCACCUCUUAGGAACAGAUCACUCUGGAGCCCAUCCAUACAUGGGGCUAUCCAUACACCCAUGUCCUCUAAAUACGGUAUCAGAGGUGGUAUGAGCAGUUUUUGCCAAAGUUGGGAGUCAUUUUGGGGGGACUGAACUUGUGGCUUUGUACCCAGUGGUGGUCAGGCCAAAGGAUGCCAAUCUAAGCCCAGCAAUCUCCUCACUGUGGCCACCCAGAUUCCCUGUAUUGCAAGGUGUAUUGCCAGAUGAUCCUCAGGGACAAUUCUAUUAUUCUAAGUAUGCAAGCAUUUGCACUCCCGCUAUCCUAACCCAACACACACACACACACACACACACACACACACACACAGCGAGUGAGACAGAGAGAUUUAAACUAGGCCAUUCAGUGUUCAGUCACCAGAGGUGAAUAUGCAAGAAAGUGCCUGGUUUUUUGCCUGACAGAACACCUAAGGAGCCAGAUCCUUGGUUCAGGUAGCUCAGGACUGUCUUCCUCUGGAUUAGCUGCCAGCAGCUCACCAGGGUUUCAGAACAGAGUUUUCCCAAGCCUUACCUGGAAAGGCUGACUGAAGUUGUGGCCUUUCACAUGCGCUGAACUAUGACCUUUCCCAUUCAGUACCUUGUAUGCUGCAUGAAAAAGGCCCCCAGGUGGGUCAAUCCUUGGAAUAUCUCGGGGAGGCUGGGAACAACUACUUGCAACCCCUUGGAGAACCGUUGCCAGGCAGUUUAGAACUGGGACGAGGAACCCAAGGAUUACAACCUAAUACCCACAAGAGACUGAGCCUUUCUGUUGUGGGGAGGGGACUCUGCAAUCUUGCAGCUCAGCAAACACGGGCCAUUUGGCCUUGACCAGCUAUUAGCUGCAGCUUCAAAAUGAUUUUUCUUACAGGUCAAUGGUAGGGAAAAGGUUUCCCACCCCGGUAGAACAUUGAGCUAGAUGAACAAUUGCCUGACUCAGGUUCACAUGCUGGUGGCGUGAGGGGGGAGGGGUAGUGAUGGCAAUAGUGGUGAGUUCCUCCACCUUUUCCCCCAGAUAAAGCCACUGCUAAGAGCUACCAUCUCCAUUCCUCUGCCCAUGCACAUACUUCUUCAACAUGACAAUGGCACCGGGGGAUGCCAGCAUUAAACAUGGGAGUGUGAUUUAUUUCACAUGCUUGACUCUCAUCCUUGCAAUCCCAGCAUAUCUCAACAAAGAGAGAGAACCCAUAUCUUGAGCUUCCCAGCCUGGUGCGAUCAACUCCCUUUUGACUUCUGCUAAUUAACUUAAUAGUAAUUAAGUUUUAUCCAUUUUAAUGCUGUGUAAGUAUUUUGAACCAUUUGGAUACUGUAUAAAAAAUAGGGCGUGGGCUAUCUAGCCAGGUUCAGUGCUUUUCAUUCCCACUGAAUUCAAAAGAAGUAUUAUGAAUAAUGUUUUCUCCCCUUAGAAUUUAUGGGGCAUGGAAUAUAAACCAUCUUGAGUCUCAUUGGAGAAGGUAUUGAAUCAACCAAUUAUUUGUCUCUCCCUUCUUGCCAGAUUUAAUAAGCCUCACCUUCUGUUGCCAGAAUUUGUAGUGAUGCCUUUGCAGGCAGUUUAAUUCACAAAUAGCAUUGAUACUGACGUUAUUUCUGGUGUUGCUGGUGGUGCAACAACAAUCUCACCACCGUGGUAUGUGAUGGGGUUCAUUUCCUUGUCACAGUCAGGCUACUAAUACGUAGCACUGACCAUUUGUUCCUCUAAGUGAUUCUACACUCUGGGGAAACGGAGCAGCAGGGAGUCCCUGUGACAGGGCAAUAAAGGGCCGGGCAAUACAGAACCCCAAUUACACAGCCAGAGUUAGGUCAAUGAAGUAAAUUUGCACAGGUUCUUUAGUUUACAUUGUAUAUUCCAGAUGCGAAACGUAGCUGCAGAAAAGUGGUUACAGAAGCUGUUAGUACGGACAGCACUGCAAUCCAAAGGUUUGUCUCCAUCAUAGAAGUUAAGAUCGCAACCCCAGCGAGGGACCUUGGCACCUGAGCAAAACUUCGCUGAUGUAUCAAGGUGAUGGAACCCUGAUCAGUGCAAAUAAUGUGGCACCUCACCUGCCACAGACGUCAUGGCACAGAAAGGGAAACCAGUUGAUAAUCCCAGACACAUUUCCUCACCUUUGUUAAUAAUCACCAGAGGAUUUAUCGGCAGCAGAUAAGGAGUUUGUGGCUUCUGAAAGAUGAGAGUUCCAGGAAGCAAUCAUUUCAGAAGGCUUUUAAGUAAUUUAUCUGCUUGCUAGCAUACUGUGGUGCUUGAUAGAUGUGAUUAGAGGUUCUACCUGUUCUUACCUGUAUCUUGGGAGUUUUCUCUGUGCCCACUAACAUCUUCUCAAAAUUGUUGCUUUAAAGUUUAAAGACUCAGAACCAGUGAAGGUGGUGGAUGUCCUGUGUGAGUGUCUGGAGGCGGUUGAAGGAUGGAUGGCAGCUAACAGAUUGAGGUUGAAUCCUGACAAGACUGUUUUGGGGGGACGGGGUGAGCAGGUGUGGAGGAAUCCCUGGUCCUGAAUGGGGUAAUUGUGCCCCUGAAGGACCAGGUGCGUAGCCUGGGAGUCAUUUUGGACUCACAGCUGUCCAUGGAGGCACAGGUCAAUUCUGUGUCCAGGGCAGCUGUCUAACCAGCUCCAUCUGGUACGCAGGCUGAGACCCUACCUGCUUGCAGACUGUCUCACCAGAGUGAUGCAUGCUCUAGUUCUCUCCCACUUGGACUACUGCAAUGCACAUUUUCUCUGGGGUUGUUCCCACAUCCCACCCCUAUGCUUUGCCAUUUUCUCCCGCCUUAAGCCCCUCUUCACUCUGGGGCCAUGAAAAGCCUUUCCCAAUGCAAACUCCUGCUUUGCUUUACAUCAUGGCAAAUUGUGUUCCCUUUCCUCAGGCACCUGUUUCCACCAAAGGGAGCCUGCAAUCCCCUUUUGCUAAGCCCUUCCUCCCCAACUGGAGGAAAACUCCCUGGGGCACUAGGUGA